AGGUAUCUUCCAAGUAAAAAAAAUUGAAAUAAGGCCAGGCGUUUAAAUGAAUCUCCCAUCUUGCCGGGCGUACGUUUCAAUUUUAAAUGUUAAGAGCUGGUUUCGCCACUGCAAUAAGAGCAUUGCCUAAUCGAAACAUGAGUAUAUUCACGCAGUGUUUGAAUCCCCUCACCGGCGUUGCCUCGUGGGAGGAAAAGGACGAAUACUACGAUUAUCAUCAAGAAGUGGCUAGAUCCGCCUUCGCAGACAUGCUGCAUGAUCACGAACGAAAUGAGAAGUAUUACUUCGCCCUCAAAGCCGCUAUUGAGAAAAAGCACCAGGCCGGUGAAGAGGCCAACGUUCUCGACAUAGGCACUGGGACAGGCUUGCUGUCGAUGAUGGCUGCCAGAUGCGGGGCAGACACUGUAACGGCGUGCGAGGCUUUCAAACCAAUGGCGAAUUGCGCGGCAAAGAUAAUUAAGGAGAACGGCUUCGAGGAUAGAAUUAAGUUGAUUCGCAAGCGGUCUACGAAGAUGACGGUGGGCGAGGGUGGUGACAUGUCGAAACGCGCGAAUAUUCUAGUCACCGAGGUGUUCGACACCGAGUUGAUCGGCGAGGGAGCACUGUCAACGUUCCGUCACGCACACGAGUGUCUUCUCGAGGAAGACAGCAUAGUCGUGCCGCAUUGUGGAACGGUGUGGGCGCAGGUAGUCGAGAGCGCCAAAGUCUGUGCUUGGAACCGAGUGAAGCCCAUUGAGAACGGAGAAAUGUUGGUUGACGCUCCACCGACUAUCCAAGCGUGCUCCGGCGCUGCAGCUGUGCACGACAUGCAACUAUCACGUCUCCCUCGCGACACUUUUGUGCCUUUACUGCCAGCACAGCCUAUCUUCAGGUUUGACUGGUCUGGCAAGAAACCUUUGUUGAACAACGAAAAAGUAUCAGUGCUAACGCAACCGAUAACAAGCGGAACCGCACAUGCGAUCUUCAUGUGGUGGGACCUGAACAUGGAUACGGAUAAUCAGAUAUUACUGAGUUGUGCACCUGUAUGGGAACAUCCGGACGUAUCUAAUGACAUGAAGAAAGAUGCCUCGUGUUUGCAAAGGAUGGCGGAUUCGAUACCGUGGCGGGAUCACUGGAUGCAAGCUGUCUAUUACCUUCCGGAAGAAAUAUCCAUCACGCACGGUGUCGAGGUCAAUCUUAUCGGUUAUCACGAUGAAUAUUCCUUCUGGUUUAAAUUACUGAAUGGGCCUAUAGAUGAGAUUCCAGAUUGCCAGAGGCCCGAGUGUAAUUGCUGGGCACACAUCGCGUACUCGCGGACGCGUAUUGGUCAAUUAAACGACACAGUUCGUAAUCAGAAAUACCUGCAAGCUAUGCGGAAGAAGAUCACUUCGAGUAGCGUCUGCCUUUGCGUCUCGGAUGGUUGCCUGUUGGCUCUCGCGAUUGCAAGAAUGGGCGCAAAGGUGUUCCUGUUGGAGCAGAAUUUCCUGUCGCGUAGAACCAUGGAGAUGUUCGUGCAGGCGAACGGGUUCUCCGAUCGAGUAAAGAUUGUCGAGUCGGUCGACGGUCUGCCGGAGGCGAGCGAAAUCGACUUUAUUUUUGGCGAGCCGUAUUUCCUGAGCUCUAUCGUGCCGUGGGAAAAUCUGCGAUUCUGGUAUCUCGCCUCCAGAUAUCCAUCGAGUAUCGCGAGGAUGCCGGUCGCGGCGGCGGUAAAGGCCGUCGCAGUCGAGUUUAAGGAUUUGCAGAAAAUAAGAGCUCCUCUCGGCACUUGCGAGGGUUUUGAUCUCUCGUCUUUCGACAGGCUCAUUCAAGCGUCUAGCGAGAAAAGUGACAAUUCCGUAGAAGCGCAGCCACUCUGGGAGUAUCCUUGCAAGGCAUUAUCUUCGUCCUUCGAUAUUAUAAAACUCGAUCUAACACGGAACGUAAAUUUCGACGAGCGCAAGAGAUUAACGGGAGAGAUUCCGAUUUUAGACUGCGGCUCCUGCAAUGGCGUCGUUAUAUGGGUGGAUUGGCAAUUGGACUCGGAUACGUCAGUAUCUUGUGGUCCAAUUGAAGAAAUAGUACCUGGCAAGUGUGUGUCCUGGGAUCCCUACACGAGACAAGGCGUACAUCUAUUUCGUAGAGUGUCCAACGUUACGAAAGAAAGCAAGCUUUCGUGGUCGUUCACCUUUGUCCCACAUAACGGUGAAGUAGAAUUCGAAUUUAAUGUAUUGACAAAUGAUUGAUUGCAUUGAUGGUACAACGAUUGUUUGUUUAAGUGCGUUUGAUAUUUGCAAAAUAUUAAACUGUUUUAAUAUUGGUUUCUCAUUAAAGAGUGUUUAAAACAUUAAGGCAAAAUUAUAGAAACGAAAUUUUAUGAUACGAUGAAUGAUGUCAGGGUUAUCUUCGCCCAAUAGAAAUAUGCAUGUUUAGGGCUCAGUUCUAGCGAACUAGCCCGGGCAUCGAGAGAGAUAGGUUGUUCGUGACAUCUUGCUUAAAAUAAUAAAUGACUAUUAUUUUUUUUAAUAAAUAUUAAAAGAGAGUUUAAUAUUGCAACUAUAUUGCGUUGAAUAAACUUCUUCGAGCCGCUAGAGUAUCCCUCCAAAGAGUUUACUCUGUAACUGUAGUAUAAAUAGAAAAUUUAUUGAAA